AUGCCUGUAUCAAUAUUUCUUGCUAUUGUUUAUUUAUCAUAUAAAGUUCCUGGUCUUAUGGAAUUACUUUUACAUCCAACAAAACGUUAUAUAUUUGUACGAGAUCUUCCAACUGAAAUGCGUUAUCCACUUGUUGUUCGACAUCAUUAUUUAUAUUGUAUAAUGGAAGUAUUAAAAUAUUUAUCAACACUUGGUUUAAUAACAUUUGUUGAUCGACCAAUAAUAAGUUGUUUAGAAAAAUUAAAUGCAUUAAUUUAUGUUCAUCUAAAAAGCUAUCUUAUUAAUACAAUAAAUCAAACAAAUAAUUCCAAUGAACCAAUUGAUAAUAUGUCAAAUUAUCCAAAACAAAUAUAUAAUUUUAUAUCAUUAAAAAAUGCUAAUCGUUUUUGGUUUGAUUCAAUUGAAAUAGCAUUAAACACAUAUCGUAUAAAAAUGGUUUUAUGUAAACAAAAUUGUUCACAUGUUAUUGAUGUACUUAAACAAGCCAUUAAACCAAUACCAAUCGAUGAUAUAAAUGAAAUAAAAACCCCACUUGGUAAAUCAAAUGGUCGUGCUGGUUUUAAUUAUGAUUUAUAUUUAUUUUUACAUAAAUCAUGGAAAUUUCCAUAUAAUAAUAAAUGUAUAUUAAAAUUACUUAAUCGUCAAGCAAAUCAUUGUUGUAUAGCUGUUUGUGAAUUACGUGUUCCAAUUGAUGUUUCACUUAAACGUUCAUAUACAAGACAUUUAGCACAAAAACGUAAAAAUAAUAUUCGUAAACGUGGUCCGAAUUUAUUAUCAUCAAAUUUUGAUACAAAUAUAAAUUCAACAUUAACAACAACGUUAUCAACAACAUUUCAUAAAACAAAAUGUAAUUUAAAUAUGUCAAUAAAACCAUUACAUAGUAUUGAAAAUUAUGGUCAUCCAUCAAGAUAUAUUAUACCAUAUGAAUUAUUAAAUCAAAUACAAUUUAUUAAAAGACAAAAAAAAAUGACUUUUUCAAUAUAUUAG